AUGAAUAGCAGGCCCCCCAGCUUUCCUAACGGCACACCGUACGACAGCGAGAGCAGCCGCUGCCACCCCGGCCACGAGCAACACUCCUACUACCCGGAAGUAUCGGAGGAGCAAGAGAUUUCGCUCCUGCAGCGGAGCGGCUGUAGCCAUGACAGCACGCCGUUUGUCGAUUCCGUCGCUGAAUCGGAUUCACAGCAGCGAUAUAGGCUGCAUGAUCCCGGUCCAUUGGUCUUCGGCUCCUCGGAAGACGAACCAGUCCAGUCGAGUGGAAAGAAGACUCGCGCGGGGCUGGCUCGGUACGGGACGAGAAAGAUUAACCUGGUGAAGGGAACUGUGCUGAGUGUCGAUUAUCCGGUUCCAAGCGCGAUUCAGAACGCGAUUCAGCCCGAGUAUCGUGAUGCCGAGGACGCGUUCCCAGAGGAAUUUACACACUUGCGAUAUACGGCGGCGACAUGCGACCCCGACGAGUUCACUCUGCGCAAUGGAUACAAUCUUCGGCCUGCUAUCUAUAAUCGUCAUACCGAGUUGCUUGUUGCGGUAACCUACUAUAACGAAGACAAGGUCCUGACGUCGCGUACUCUGCACGGAGUAAUGCAGAAUAUUCGGGAUAUUGUUAACCUGAAAAGAUCCGAGUUCUGGAAUAAGGGAGGCCCAGCGUGGCAGAAGAUUGUUGUUUGUUUGAUCUUCGACGGCAUUGAGCCCUGCGAUAAGAACACCCUGGACGUGCUGGCCACAAUUGGCAUCUACCAAGACGGUAUCAUGAAGAAGGAUGUAGACGGCCGGGAGACUGUCGCGCAUGUGUUCGAAUACACAACCCAAUUGUCGGUCACUGCUGCUCAACAAUUAGUGCGGCCUCACGGUAACGAAUCAAGCAACCUCCCGCCGGUACAGUUUAUAUUUUGUCUGAAGCAGAAGAACAGCAAAAAGAUCAACUCGCAUCGAUGGCUUCUCAACGCCUUUAGCCGAAUACUAAAUCCCGAAGUCAUUGUCCUUCUAGACGCAGGCACGAAGCCUGGCCCGAAGUCCCUGCUAUCGCUAUGGGAGGCCUUCUAUAAUGACAAAACACUUGGUGGAGCAUGCGGCGAGAUCCAUGCAAUGCUUGGCUCGGGCUGGCGCAAGGUUAUAAACCCCCUUGUUGCUGCCCAGAACUUUGAAUAUAAGAUCUCCAAUAUCCUGGACAAGCCAUUGGAGAGUGCUUUUGGCUAUGUCAGUGUCCUUCCUGGUGCUUUCUCUGCUUACCGGUACCGGGCUAUCAUGGGCCGUCCCUUAGAGCAGUACUUUCAUGGCGACCACACGUUAUCGAAACGCCUUGGGAAAAAAGGAAUUGAAGGCAUGAAUAUCUUCAAAAAGAACAUGUUUUUGGCUGAGGACCGCAUCUUGUGCUUCGAACUAGUAGCCAAGGCCGGGUUCAAGUGGCAUUUGAGCUAUGUCAAGGCAGCAAAGGGUGAGACUGAUGUCCCUGAGGGAGCGGCCGAGUUCGUCAGUCAACGUCGACGCUGGCUGAAUGGGUCGUUUGCGGCGAGCUUGUACGCGAUGAUCCAUUUUGGGCGUAUUUAUCGCAGCGGCCAUGGCAUCGUUCGAUUGUGUUUCUUGCAUAUUCAGAUGCUUUAUAAUCUCUGCCAGCUCAUCAUGACCUGGUUUUCUCUCGCGUCAUACUGGCUGACAAGCUCGGUCAUUAUGGACCUGGUUGGCACCCCAAGCAGCCACAACAAGGAAAAAGGCUGGCCUUGGGGUAAUGAAGCAUCCCCGAUAGUCAAUACCUUUGUUAAAUACGGUUAUCUCUGGGUGCUGAUGCUCCAGUUCAUGCUAGCACUUGGUAACCGACCGAAAGGGGUUGUCAUCCCAUACACGUUCUCCUUCCUCUACUUCUCACUCGUGCAGCUCUAUGUUCUCGUCCUCUCCUUCUACCUAGUCGUGAAUGUCUUCACUGGCGGUAUGCUAGAUUUCAAUUUCGAUGAUGGUGUCGCCGCCUUCAUAAAGUCCUUCUUCAGCUCCUCUGGUGGUGGUAUCGUGCUCAUUGCGCUAGCAUCAACAUACGGUAUCUACAUAACUGCGAGUAUUCUCUACCUUGACCCUUGGCACAUCCUAACCAGCUCAUGGGCAUACUUCCUUGGCAUGACAACAGGCAUCAAUGUGCUCAUGGUCUACGCGUUCUGCAAUUGGCAUGAUGUCUCCUGGGGCACAAAGGGAUCUGACAAAGCAGAUGUCUUACCGUCUGUAACGACUCAAAAAGAUGACAACAGCAGGAAGAACUUUAUUGAAGAGAUUGACAAACCGCAAGCCGAUAUUGACAGCCAGUUUGAGGUUACCGUGAAACGCGCCUUAGCGCCAUGGGCUGAACUCGAAGAGCAUGAGGGCAAAACAUUAGACGACUCAUAUAAAAACUUCCGAACUGGGUUGGUGUGUCUUUGGGUCUUUAGUAACUUGCUCCUGGCGUUGAUGAUUACCGCUACUGGUGUGGAUAAGAUGUGUUUGACGAAUACAUCGACCACCAGGACGACAGGCUACUUCCAGGCCAUCUUGUGGAUUACAGCAGGAUUGUCACUGUUUCGGUUCACUGGGUCGUUGUACUUCCUCGGGCGAUCGGGAAUUCUCUGUUGUGUGUCCCGGCGCUGA